CGUUGUAUGACUGAUGCUUGUCAUUUAGGUUAGCUGUCGAAUCGUGAUAUUCAAUUCUCGGGUUAUUUUACUACGAUUUUUGAAAAAUGACAUCAAUUUUGGAAAAUCUACAAAAUGCAACGUGUGUAUGGUUUGAAAUAGACAAUAAACGGAAUGUAUUAGUGUCUAUGUUCGCCGGAACUUUGUUUUUCGUAGGAUGGUGGUUUAUAAUUGAUGCUAAUGCUAAAUAUCCUGGUGAAAUGUCAAAGGCGUAUCAUGUAUGUGGAGUAUUUGGGACUAUAUCUUUAUUCAUGAUAAAUUCUGUGACAAAUGCACAAAUGCGAGGUGAUACCUUCAGUGGUGGUUAUCUUGGGGCUAGAGGUGCGAGAGGUUGGUUAUUUGUUGGAUUUGUAAUGGGAUUUGCUGCUGUUAUUGCAGCCUGUUGGAUUUUAUUUGCAGAUUUUGUAGCUGCUGUGGGGGACAAAUAAGGGAUAUUGGUUUUGAUUUGCCAACGCGGACCAAUAUGAACGUUUUCUUCCAUCUUAUUUUACCAAUCCCGUUGUGCCACACAAACACAUGGUUCUUGUUCAGUUUGACGAAACAGCAAGAAGUAUACAUGGAACUAAGUAAACUAAGUAUGUUCAUUAUUUGGUUACUAUUGAUUACUAUUGCAUCUUUUAUUGGCCUUAGUAAUGGGGUCGCUGUUAUGAGUAUUGAUAUGGGCAGUGAAUCAAUGAAAGUUGCUAUUGUUUCGCCUGGUGUUCCUAUGGAAAUAGUUUUAAAUAAAGAAUCAAAGAGGAAAACGCCAGUGACAAUUGCAUUUAGAAAUGGAGAAAGAAGUUUUGGAGAAGAUGCUCAAGUAGUGGGAAUUAGAUCACCCCAAAAUAGUUUUUCUUAUAUUCUAGAUCUGUUAGGAAAAAGUAUAGAUAAUCCUAUGGUAGAGCUUUAUAAGAGAAGAUUUCCAUAUUAUGAUAUCAUAUCUGAUGAAAAACGUAAAACAAUUGCAUUUAGAUUGGAUAGAAAUAUCACGUAUACACCAGAGGAAUUGCUUGCACAAAUUUUGCAUAAAGGAAAAGAAUUUGCUGAAAAUUCAGCUGGCCAAAAGAUCAGUGAAGCAGUAAUAACCGUUCCAGGAUUUUUUAAUCAAAUUGAACGAAGAGUUCUUAUGCAAGCAGCUGAUCUUGCAGGGAUUAAAGUUUUGCAACUUAUUAAUGAUUAUGCCGCAAUUGCAUUAAAUUAUGGAAUUUUUCGUAGUAAAGAAAUAAAUGAUACUGCACAUUAUGUAAUGUUUUAUGAUAUGGGAGCUAGUAGUACAACUGCAACAAUUGUCAGUUAUCAAAAUGUAAAAACGAAGGAAAAGGGAUUCGUUGAAACUAAUCCUCAUGUUACUAUUUUGGGUGUGGGUUAUGAUCGUACUUUAGGAGGACUUGAAGUGCAAAUUAGAUUACAACACCAUUUGGCAAAAGAAUUUGACACUCUAAAUAAAACAACAAACUCUGUAUUUAGCAAUCCAAGAGCAAUGGCAAAACUUUUUAAAGAAGCUGGCCGUGUUAAGAAUGUGUUGAGUGCAAAUACUGACCAUUUUGCUCAAAUUGAAGGAUUAAUAGAAGAACAUGACUUUAGAUUGCAAGUUACCAGAGAAAAAUUAGAACAACUUUGUGCUGACUUAUUUGAACGAGUAACAAGUCCUAUUAAAAUUGCUUUAAAAACAUCAGGUUUAACAAUGGAUGUUAUAUCUCAAGUUGUAUUGGUUGGAGCUGCUACUAGAAUGCCAAAAAUACAAGAGCAUCUAAAUCAGUAUUUAACAGUUGAGUUAUCUAAAAACAUCAACACAGAUGAGGCAGCUGCAUUAGGAGCAGUAUAUAAAGCUGCAGAUCUUAGUAAAGGAUUUAAAGUAAAAAAAUUUGUUAUUAAAGAUGCUGUAUUGUUUCCCAUACACAUUGUUUUUGAUAGAACAGUUGAUAACAGAGUGAAACAAGUCAAGAAAUCAUUAUUUAGUAAAAUGAAUCCUUAUCCACAAAAGAAAAUUAUUACGUUUAAUAAGUACACAGAAAAUUUCCAGUUUCAUAUUAAUUAUGCUGAAUUAGAUUACUUACCACCUAAUGAAAUAGCUGUCAUUGGUAAUUUCAAUUUGUCUACUAUAACUUUAUCUGGUAUAAAUGAAGCCUUAGAAAAACAUGCUAAAGAUGGAGCAGAAAGUAAAGGAAUUAAAGCGCAUUUUGCUAUGGAUGAGAGUGGCAUACUUAAUUUGGUGAAUGUAGAAUUAGUAUCAGAAAAAUCAAGUUCAAUUUCUGAUGAAGAAGAGGGUACUUUCUCAAUACUUGGCUCAACUAUUAGUAAACUUUUUGCAGGGUCAGAGGAUAAAGAAGAAAAAACGGAGGAAUCAUUAAAAGAAGAUAUAAAGCCAGUUAAUGAAGAACCUGAAUAUCAUCCUGAUUUACAAAAGGAACCAGAAGAUAAAACAAAAAAGAAAAAUGAAAGCACGAUUACUGAGGAUAAAACAAUAAAUAAAACUGAGAAAGUAAAUAAAGAGAAAGAAAAAAAGGCUACGGUUGUUAUGAUUAAAGAACCUAUUAAAGCUGAUGAAAUCAAGUUAGGAUCACAGAUUCUUUCUGGAGAUAAAUUUGUUGAAUCUCAAGAGAAAUUGCAUCGUUUAGACGUAUAUGAUUUUGAGAAAGUAAAACGUGAAACAGCUUUAAAUAAUUUAGAAACAUUUAUAAUUGAUGCUCAACAAAAAUUAGAAUCUGAAGAAUAUGCCGUCGCUGCUACUUCUCAAGAAGCGGAAAAUAUAUUGAAAGCAUGUUCUGAAAUUUCUGAGUGGCUAUAUGAAGAUGGAUUUAGUGUAACUGCUGAAGUUUAUGAGGACAAAUUGUCACAACUUCAGAAACUUACUAAUGAUGUAUAUGAACGUGUGUUUGAACAUAGAGAACGCCCGGAAGUCUUAAAAGGCAUGACUUCUAUGUUAAAUGCAAGCACAACAUUUUUGCAUAAUAUGCGCAAUUUGAGCUUAUCAAGCGAAAUCUUUACCCAAGUAGAGAUAGAAAUGUUAGAGAAAGUAAUUAAUGAAACUCAGGAAUAUCAUGACACAGUUGUCAAAUCUUUUGCUGAGACAGCUUUACACGAAUCAGUGAAAUAUAAAGUUCGUGAUAUUGCAAAUAAAAUGGCAUUGCUUGAUAGAGAAAUGAAGUAUCUUAUAAAUAAGGCAAAGAUAUGGCGACCAAAGCAAGACUCUGUUACAAAUCAUACAGAGAGUACAAAUGAGAAUACAACAAACACAAAAGAAGGAUCGGAAUCGCAAUCUGUUCCUAAAUCGGCAACUGAUUCUCAAACGGAAAACCUUCAGAACGAAGAUAUAUCUGAAAAUGUAAAAGUACAAAAUGAAAAAUCAUUAGAUUCAGAAGAAUCAACAGAUUCAUCAAAGGAUGACGAAUCUGAGACGACUCAUGAAAAUAUUCAAAAAGGAAUACAUCAAGAACUUUAAAAAAAAAUUUAUUUAAAAGUGCGUGACUUUCAUUAUUGACCGAUUACGUCUCGGUUAAUAAAUUAGAUAAUUUAUCAUAUUAUAGGGCAGGUUUAUGAGUGCAUUUAAAAACCAAAAUCAAAUUCGAGAAAUUAUGUGUUAUUGUGGCUGGAUGAAAUAUUUUGCAAAUGUGAAUACUAAGUGUUAUUUUAUUUAAUUUCGUAUAUUUGUAUAAAAUUAAUACAGAUAUUAAUAAUCCAUUUUUCGUACAAAAGGAAAUAGAUUUAUCUUAUAACGUUUUGCACAUAAGUUACAAGAAAGAAAAGCCGACCAUUACAUAAAAAAAUCAUAUAAGAAAUUUUAAGUGCCAAGCAGUAACAAAUUUGAAUAAUAAUUUUAUGAUUUUAAACGAUUACUGUCAAAAAACACUACAUUUACUACAUUUAAACAAAUAAAUUACCAGUAUAAAGUCAUUAUUUACAAAUGACGUAUUGUUUUAUUUGGUCGGACUUCGUCUACUGUGAAUAUAUUUAAUUGUGAUACUUGAUACUAUAUUCUUAGAUAUGCUAUAUCCUAUAGCUUAAAACUGAUUUUCUACAAACAUCUAUAUCAAGCAUUAUAAUUACACAUGCAUACAUAUGGAACAACUUCUUUACUAAAAAAAUUCAGUUUUGUUUUUAUGCAUUUUUUCUUACAUUCCUGAUUAAUUAAUCCUCGCUUGAAAAUGCCUAAAUUUCACAACACUUUAUAUGCUCCGUUACAUCUAUAAUAUAAUUUUUUUUAUAACGCAACAAGUAUAUAUUUAUUUUUGUUAUAAUCAAAUUUGUGCAAUUUGCUAAAUGUGAAUUAAAUUCAGUGAAGUAAAACUACAUCUGAGAAUGUUUAUCUGUUUAAAGAAAGUUGCACUUUGCGUGUAAAAUAAUUUGCUUUUCUUUAAGAAUUUGUUGUAAGUUGGUUAAAACCACUGAAAAUGAAUGUAAUUAUGAUUAAAGUUUAUAAAUUAUAUUAUUUAUUAUCUUAGCUGAAUAAAGCAGCCUGUAGGAUAUAAAUAAAGGAGGAGAAGAAUAUGUUACUUUCAGUUGGUACAUUUUAUGUUGAAUUUGAUAAUUGUAAGAAAAUACAGAUACAAAAAGUCUUCCUACAAUUAUAUGCAAUGUCAAAUAAGAUUGUAAUUAUUUGUUUAUUCUUACAAUAUUAUCGAAACUAUUUACUAACGUAUGAUUCAUAAUUUUUUAAAAAUUUUUUUAAUGUAUUAUAAAAUUCAACAUUUUAAAUCUUAUAAAGUUUAAGAUAUUUUCUGUAUUCAAAUAAUUAUUGUAUUAUACAUAAAAUGUAAUAAGCCUUACAUCAUUUAAUACUUACAACAAUUACAAUAAAAAGCUAUGAAAUAUCUUAAUUAGAUUAUUUUCACUGUCUUAAGAAAUACUAGGAUUUUUUUCGAAUCAUAUUUUUAAAAUUUGAAAAUUGUGGUUUCAUUUGAUUUCGCAUUACGUCGCUAGAUCAUUCUACAGUCGCAAGAAAAUAUAUAGAUAGCUUAGAAAUAUAAAUAUAAGUUGCUCUGGCAUUAACUUCUAUCUAUUUUAUGAAUUUUUAUGCAUAUAAGAAUAAAAUAUGUUACAAUUUUAAAUAUGCGAACCAAAAAUUAACUUUUCAUAACAUAUUAAUUAUUUAAUUCGCGUUAUUCAGAAUAACCACAUACCCUUAUAACAUAACCUUGUCUUUAAUGGUUUCAUAAAAACGAACGUAUAUUUCUUAAAUAUCAUGUCGUUGCGUCAAUUUUUUCAAACAUUAUUGAAGAGAGCUGGCCCCAUUAUGUACGCUACAAGUUUUACAUUUGUAAAUCAACCAGAAACUAAUAAACCUACAGCAAAUGAUAAAUUACAAUUUGAACCUGUUGAUGUAAAAAAGUUGACUCCUGAAUAUAUGAUACAACAAUCAACCAUAGAUGCUGUUAACAGCGCAACUCAAUCGUUAACUAUUGCAUGUACAACAAUAAUGAAAACAAGUGAUGAAUACAAGGUAUUGUUAAAUGAAUUAAUUACACUUUCAAGGGAAACUCUGGAAUUUAAUGUUACUGAUUCACAUUGGGAUAUGAUAGUUGAACUAAGAUCACAAGUACAAAGUAAAAAAGAAAUGUUAACUAAGUUAACAGGAUAUGUUGAGUAUGUUCACAAAAUGGCAGUAGCUGCUUCAGAAUUAAGUUAUUUGUCUGGAAUGGACAACUUGUCUUUCACUCUUACUAAGAGAAUAGAUGAUGCAUUAAAAAUUAUAAAGGAAGAGGUUAAUCAUAUUAUGUUACUUGAACAAGAAUACUGUGAUGUACAAAAGGAAUGUAUAGAAAAUUCCAAUAAAGUGAUAAGUAACGAAUCUGCAGACGAAAAAUCAAAUGAGCCUACUUAGUUUGAUUUUUUGGUUUACAGUUUACAGUUUAAAACUAUAUGUUUAAAAUUUAUGUUUAAGUUUUUGUACAAUAAGUAGAAACAUGUUGAAAAUAAAAUUAUAUACACAUAUUAUUGAAUGUUUUAAGCUUAUUUGCAUCAUGGAGUAUAUAUUUCUAGAAAUAUAGAUGUAAUAAGAAUCUAUAAUAUAUAAUUUAAAAAAAAUGGAGGACAAUAAAUUCUGUAUAACUAAUUUCAAAUGAAGCAAACAUAAUGGCUCAAGCAUCAAGAUGUAUUGUUACAAUAUGUCUACCGGGUAUCAUUACUAAACCUAGAGUUCUUGCUUCUGUAUGAUCUUCAGACAAAAAUUCUGAACAUGAUCCUAAAAUCACAUUAGCAUCACGAUCAGUACAUAAGAAUGCACCUAUCAGAACACGGCCAUCUGUCAUUUUUAUUCUUAAGUUUCGAUUUAGCCAUCCACGUAAUUUCUGCUUUGCUGGAGAUUCCUCUGUAUUAGCAGCCUAUUUUUCAUGAAUAUAAUCAUCAUUUGUUAUGUUAGAUGCGUUGUGACCUUCUUUCAUGUCUGCUUUCUUGUUUAUUUAGAUGUUUCAAGUGAAGGGAUAUUAAUUUAAUUUGUCAAUAUAUAUACACUUUUCAUAAAACUUUUUUUUUUAAGCAGAAUGAAAUGCGUUUUUAUAUUUCUGCAAAUUUUAGAAAUACAUUUACAUCUCAAAUUUGUUAGAAAUUUCACAAUGUAAACAAUUCACUUCAAACCACAAAGGGAGUACAAGCAUUAACUAAGGACAGAGUAGACAUGGUAUUAUAUAAAAUUUUCUUCUUUAUGGUAAAAAUUAAUCUGAAUACCACAGACGAAGUAUAUGAAUAGACUUCAAUACAAUUUUUUGUAUGAUUUCGGGGUCUUAAGACCCCAUUACCAUUUUCAUGUCACAUCCUGUCAUACCGAUUUAGUUUUGCACUACUAGUGAUGAGAAUUAAAAUCAAAAAAUAUGGACAGUGUUGUCAUCUCUGCUUCGAGAGUUAUUAAUUGAACGUAGUUAUACUUUAUCAAUGAAAGAAUAUAACGAUUUAAAACAACGAUUAAUGGAAAUUAGGAUGAAAAAUUUAUUACAUAUUUGAUUAUUUACAUCUAUUUAAAGGUAUUUAAAAGAAACAAUUUGUAUAAAAAAUUGACUGAAAUAUAUUUUUUAACAAUAUAAUUAAAUAUGAAUUGGAUAUCAUGUUUUUUACUUAUUUUAGUGUGUAACUUCAGAGUUUGAGUGAAUUCUGCAAACUCGAUUUUAUAAA